GUAAAAUCAUUUCUGAAGCUUGUGUGUUUGUACAUUGCUGAAAAUCCUCCGCAGGUAUUAAUACAAGAGCCAUAUGAAGAAUUAGCUAAAUUUAAUCAUAAACAGUCUAUUAUAAACGUACAUGCGUUGCAGAAGAUAAAGCAGCUAGCUUGUGAAGAAGACGCAAUAGUAUUGAUGUGGAAUUGGACCAGGUGUUAGAAUACAAAAGGAUUCCAGUCCAGCACAAGGUGUCGGGAUGAGCUUCUUCAGUUUUGGACAAAGUGCUGAAAUUGACAUAGUUUUAAAUGAUGCAGAGACGAGAAAAAAGGCCGAGCACAAAACAGAGGACGGGAAAAAAGACAAAUACUUUCUGUUUUACGACGGGGAGACAGUCUCUGGGAAAGUCAACGUAACCCUGAAAAACCCAGGGAAGCGGCUUGAGCAUCAAGGGAUCAAAAUAGAAUUUAUCGGGCAAAUCGAAUUGUACUAUGACAGAGGAAACCAUCAUGAGUUUGUCUCUCUGGUAAAGGAUUUAGCUCGGCCUGGAGAAAUGGCUCAAUCUCAGACCUUUGAUUUUGAGUUCACACACGUGGAGAAACCAUACGAGUCCUACACAGGCCAGAAUGUAAAACUGCGCUAUUUCCUGAGGGCAACCAUCAGCAGGAGACUGAAUGACAUCUGCAAAGAGAUGGACAUCGUAGUGCACACACUCAGCACUUAUCCAGAACUCAACUCCUCCAUAAAGAUGGAAGUGGGAAUUGAGGACUGUCUUCACAUUGAGUUUGAGUACAACAAAUCCAAGUAUCAUCUGAAAGAUGUGAUUGUGGGAAAGAUCUAUUUCCUAUUGGUGCGAAUUAAGAUCAAACACAUGGAAAUUGAUAUUAUUAAACGGGAGACAACGGGAACAGGGCCAAAUGUGUACCACGAAAAUGACACCAUUGCAAAAUAUGAGAUUAUGGAUGGAGCACCUGUCCGAGGUGAAUCCAUCCCCAUCCGUCUUUUUCUGGCUGGGUAUGAGAUGACACCCACCAUGAGGGACAUUAAUAAAAAAUUCUCUGUACGUUAUUACCUGAAUCUCGUACUCAUUGAUGAAGAAGAGCGACGUUACUUCAAACAACAGGAGAUUACACUAUGGAGGAAGGGAGAUAUUGUGAGGAAGAGCAUGUCCCAUCAGGCUGCCAUCGCCUCCCAGCGCUUCGAGGGCUCGGCAAGCUCAGAGAAAGCACUCUCUCAAGCUAAAGAGGACAGCAACUAAACCCAACCAUGUCAGCUCAUCAUCUCAUGUGUGUAUGUGUUAGAGAGAGAGUGUGUGUGUAUGGAUUUCAAGAAGGCGUGUGCUCUCAAAAUAGAUUAAGCAAUGUAAACAUGAUAUUUCACAUUCCUAAACAUUACAGUUUAUGAUCAACAAGUUCUUAAGUAGCUUUUAAAAAAGGGAUGAAUGUGAAAAGCAAAAACACUGAUUCCAAAAACCAUGAUUCGAUAUUUACAAAUUCUUGCUGGCGGUUCCUCUGAGAUAGUUUACUUUUUUUUGUCCGCCACCCUGGAAUUAAUUGAUUGAUUGUAUAUUUAAUUGAAACAUUUCAGCAGACCAUCUAGACAACACAAACUCAUUCCACACUCUAUAUUCCACUUACAGCCUUUUUUAAAAUCUGUAUUGAAUGUUUUGUUAUUGUAGAUUUUUUCUUUCAUAACAUAUACAUUGCAUACAGUGUUCAGCUUGUUUUCUAAUGAAAUGGUAUUUAACUAAUUCAUAUUUUUAGUGAUUUUUGUUUUUUUAUACAGUAUGCUUACCGAUACAUGCCUUUUUACUUUUUGUUGCCAUUCCCGAAGAUAAAUUAUAAGCACUUCAGGGUUCUUGCCAAUGUGAUUUCAGUGUCUCAGGAGGAACCUCCAUAUCAGCUUCAAAUUAAUCACACAUUUCUGUUUAGAUUCAACUAACAAACCAAAUUAAUUUCCCUACAAGUAUGUAGCUGAACUGAAAUUUUAUUUUCAUUUUAGGGUCUGUUGGUUUGUAUUGACAUCAUAAUACUUUACCAAGCUCCUUGCCAUGUUUUUAAAUGUAGAAAAAAUUGAAAUUUAAUUCAGUAUUAUUGCUGUUGAGGUUUAAUUAUGUGAAACCAAAAUGUUUGACGUUGGUUGCGGUUUUUGGUUAACACUUUACAAUAAGGUUAACUAUUGAACAACCAUAUUUUAAAGUGUUACUAAGUUGUCACAGGCUGUUUUGACGUUUAAUGUUCUUGAACUUAGGAGGCAUUAAUGUCUUAUUUUUGUUCUCAUUUUUACCAACACUGGAGAUCAGCUCUCAUAUUACAUGUCAUAGCUCUUAUCUUUUACUAACCAAAACAUAAAAUCUUGGAAAUCUUUGACCAUAACAGUGCAAAUGCUAAUAAAGUGUGAUCAGGAUGAAAAGUGGAAGCGUUAA